UUUCCUCCACGGCGUUCCUUUGGCUUCGGCGCCGGCGUUAAAAGCGCGACCCGAAGGCGAAGCAUCAGCCGACGCCUUCUCCGCAUCCCUCGGUCGGUCGUUUCCUUUUGGUGUUGUUUGAACCCCUACAGAUUAGAGACCAGCAACUCUCGGUUCGUCUCUCCGAUCAAGAAAUAAAAGAAUUGGAAUCUUCUGGGGGAUAAAAGCUUCGAUUUUUCCACCCCACCCCCUUUGUCAUCCCCUACGCUUCUUGUUGUUGAUUUCUACGAGGCGCUGAUGCUGACAUCGGGUGCGAGCGGCCGCGUCACGGCCCUUUUCUCACUCCGCGUCCUCCGGGGGCUCGUUCUCCUCCUCCGGGCCGCCGCCCUCCUCCUCCUCCCCUUCCGAUGGCGGCCGAGGUUCGUGCCGGCGGCGGAGCGGUCGGCCCCGACCCCCGCUGACGGGCGCCCGGAGUCCAGCAGCAGGAAGGGCGGGCACAGCGGGAUGGUGGUGAGGGUGCCGGCCGCGAUGGUGCCGCGAAGGCAGCGGGAACCGGAGGCGGCCGGCAGGCGGGCGCUGGCGAUGCGGCUGGUGGUGGAGGCGAGGAAGGAGGGGCAACGGGGGAGGGACUUCUCCAUGUUCACGACGACUAGAGGCGACACUCUCUUCACUCAGUCCUGGACGCCUGUAAACAGGGAGACGAGGGGUGUGGUUGUUCUGUUGCAUGGAUUGAAUGAGCACAGUGGUAGAUAUGAUCACUUUGCAAAGAAACUCAAUGAGAAUGGUUUUAAAGCAUAUGCAAUGGAUUGGAUAGGGCAUGGGGGAAGUGAUGGGUUGCAUGGAUAUGUUCAUUCCCUUGAUUACGCAGUUAGUGACUUGAAAGCAUUUCUAGAGAAGGUUUUGGCUGAGAAUUCUGGGAUUCCUUGCUUUUGCUAUGGACACUCAACUGGUGCAGCUAUUGCCCUUAAGGCAGCUUGUGAUCCAAAAGUAGAAGGCUGGAUUAAAGGUAUCCUGUUGACAUCACCUGCUGUGCAUGUUCAACCAUCCCAUCCAAUUGUAAUGGUUCUGGCCCCUGUUUUCUGUCUCGUAGCCCCAAAGUACCAAUUCAGUGCUGCUAAUGGCGUAUCACCCGUUUCCCGUGAUCCUGAGGCCCUCAGGUCCAAAUACUCUGAUCCAUUGGUUUUCACUGGUUCUAUUAGAGUUAGGACUGGAUGCGAGAUCCUACGCUUGUCAACCUACCUGCUACAGAGCCUGUACAAAGUUAACAUCCCUUUUAUGGUUCUCCAUGGUACUUCUGACACACUAACCGACCCUGGAGGUUCGCAAAGGCUAUUUGAUUUGGCUUCCUCGACAGAUAAGUCGAUCAAACUGUAUGACGGGCUCCUACAUGACCUUCUAAUUGAACCCGAGGGAGAUAAGAUCAUGCAAGACAUGAUCGAUUGGUUGAGCUUCAGAGUUUGAUAGUUUGUUCGUGCUCAGACAAGCAGACUCAGAUGAGCAAUGUGCUAAAAUGACGAUGCGGCGCUAAGUCCUAGCCAAUUGUUGUCGAAAAGAUAAUACUUCAAUGCAGCCAGUCGCUAACCAGCUGAAGAUUAUGAUGUUGUCAUAGGAGAUUGAAAAAUCAUCUGAUGUCCCCUUUCUGGUGUCGAUGCAUCAGCCAGGAUACUAAUUAUUGUAAUGCUAUUUCGCCUGGAGCAUAGGAGGGAUGCCUCGUGAUGUAUCUUCUUUCAUGUAAACAGUUCAAGUCCUUAUGAUUGGAUUAAUCUGCUACUCA